AUUCAUACGCACAGCACACAGAAAUUAAAGGAUUAAGAUCUUUGCUUCUUGCACUCCACUUGCCAGGGAUAAAUAAAGAUGAACUUGGUCCAGGCUACUGCUGAUAACAAGGACGAAGAUGUUCCACUUCCAGGUUUUCGAUUUCAUCCGACGGAUGAAGAGCUCGUAGGGUUUUAUCUUCGACGAAAAGUUGACAGAAAACCCAUCAGAAUGGAGCUCAUCAAAACGAUUGAUAUCUACAAAUAUGAUCCUUGGGAUCUCCCAACAGAGCCUAGCAUUGUGGGAGAGAGUGAAUCAUAUUUCUUCUGCAAACGAGGGAGGAAGUACAGAAACAGCAUUAGACCAAACAGAGUGACGGGGUCUGGAUUUUGGAAAGCAACCGGCAUUGACAAGCCCGUUUAUUCUCAAGGAGGACAAGGCCACGCCUGCAUUGGGCUGAAGAAAACGUUAGUAUACUACCGUGGAACCGCAGGAAAAGGAACCAAAACGGAUUGGAUGAUGCAUGAGUUUCGCAUGCCCAGCAACGACAGUAACACGAACACCAGCCUCUCCAAUCCCAAAUCCAUUGCACAAGAAGCUGAAGUAUGGACUAUAUGCCGAAUUUUCAAGCGGAACGCAUCACAGAGAAAGUACACACCAGAUUGGAGAGAAGUGGCAGCUAAACGUCCUUCAACCAGCACACCAAGCUCUCAAACAUGCAGUGUGGAAUCCAACAGUCAUGAAACUUACAUCUCUUUCGGUUCUGAAGUUGUUCAACAUUAUGAUGAGAAACCAGUUGUCAAUCAUAUCAAUGGAAGAAGCCAAUGGCAUGUAGAUCAAUUAAGCACCAUAGCUCAGCCUUCAUCUAUGGCAUCAUCUUCCAGCUUUUCAAAUUUUCCAGAAACUGAUUUCUUCACACAUGCGAAUUGGGAUGAGCUCAAAUCAGUUGUAGAGUUUGCGCUUGAUCCCUUGCUUAUGUAAAUGAUUUUGUAAUUAUUUAAACUAUAGGCUGUCGUUGAAGUUUAGUAAGAUUGUAAUAGAUGAAAAAUACCAAAUGAUAUACAUUUUCAGGCUUA